AUGUCUGACGAUGAAUUUUACUAUGAUGACAUUUUUGAGUGGGAGGAGGAGCCUUUCAGUGCAAUGUUUCAGGAUGACAUGGCCGAAAAAACAAUGCACAGUCCCGUUCUGAUCGGCUACGAUCCUUAUUUCGACAUUCUCGAUUACAUCGGCGAACAGGAUGACUCAGCAGAUGAAUAUCAUGACUUUCCCCACAAGAUUCAUCGGGCAAGGAAGACAACUACAGGGGUAGCCCAGAAACACUGUGGUAAUAAGUGGGCAAAGAUUGACCCGACCGAAUCAAACAAUCCAGCAGCUCCCCGUUCACCUGUUCUAUGGCAGUCGAAAAAAGAUAUGCUGGAAUCCAGGGAGCUUCCUGUUUUCGUAGAAAACCAGGCACAAACAGUAUCACUUAUGAAAGAUUGGAGAGAGCUUCUAUCAAAUGUAGCCACGCAGGCUCCAUCCAAUUCCAAGAAGACCCGUGGCAGAAAGACGAAGAAGAAGCAGAAACAGAGUCAGGUCAAAAGCAAGUUAUCAUCUCAUGAAAAAUUUGUUUUGGAUGUGCAUGCAUUGGAAGCCGACGGAUCUAUUGACGGAACGCUUGAUGAACCGACCGCCGAACUUCCACCGACUAUCCUGACUGAGACGUCAACCAUCACUGCGUCGGAGCAGAAAUGCUCAACUCGUGUGAACAGUGCAGAUUCGAGCCUAGCAAAGAAACCAUUGCGACAAGCUGCAAAUGAAAACUCGAGCACGCAUGAUCUUGAUAUUGAAGAAGAUGCACCUCAAUCUGAAAAUGAUGAAGAGGCAUUUUGGAAGUUGGACGAUACUUUAGAGAGCCAACAAGAUGCGAAGCAAGAAGAUAAUGCCCGCAAGGAGCCGAAGACGGCAGAGACGAAGAAGAAAGUGGGACGACCGAAAGGCAAACGGAAAGGCCUAUAUGACGAAGAGCAGCCGCCAGCGAAGAAGGCGACGACCACCAGAAGGCGGAAGACAUCUACUUCGGCUGAUGUGUCGCCGAAGGUGACCAGGCAAACUCGUAGCAAAAACCAGCAAGAUUUGCGCCCUGGUUUUCCAAGUAUCCGCUGA